CAUUUGCUUCUAGGUUUAGAUGGGUCGGUGAUGGUUGCCAGUGUCUAGUGAGACCUCUGGGGUUCCUCUAUCCAAUAUAUCUCUCUUCUCAGUGAUGGUGAUUGUUGAUGCUGGAGAGGGGGAGAGCAAGUGGCAUGAAUUAGACAUAUUGAGGAGUUUCCACCUAAUUCUUUGGAAGAAGAAACUGAAGGAAGUAAAUGGAUUUUAUCAAAAUUGAAAAAGAAACUGAGAAAAAGGGAAUUAAUAGAAGCAAGGGAUUCCAUAGCUUCAGGUAUACAUAGAACCGAGCUAUCUCAGAUCUAGAUCAUCUCUGGUUAUUCAUUAAUUUUGAUUUGCCAUGAAUGAUCUACAUUGUUGAAAUGGGAGCAUGAUUUUCAUUUUUGUUUGUUUAGAUCAUUGGUAGCUGAUUGUUCUCUCCAUAUGAUUUUUCACUGAUUUGUUUUAAAAUUCAUAUGGUUGUAAUUUAGUCUUUUUUGUAUUGUUUUUUAUUUUAACUUUGAAAGCUUUCUUUUUUUAUAGUUAGAUCAUAUGCUGUAGUAUUACGGAUUCAUUGUCACUUGGUUUGUGACUUUAUAUGUUGCCUGAACUAAUUUUAGGCACCUUGGUUGAAUCCAUAUUGAUUGGGGUCUAGCGUUUACUCAUCCAUGUGUAUUCGUGCUCAAUGUUACCCAUGACUUAAUCUCAUUCAUGGUUUAGAGUUGAGUUAAGUAACUAUUAAUUUUAUAAGCCCUGUAGUGGUCUGAAGGGCAGAAUUGAUUGGCUUGAUUGUUAACAAGUUUGCCAACUCUUUUUAUACAUGUUUGCAAUUCAUCUCAAAUUGAUUUUGGGUAGUGUUUCUUUAUGGAAAUUUUUCAUGGUUGGUUUUGCCAACUGCAUUGAGCUGCAACCAGAGGUGAUUUAUACAUGCCAUUAAGAAAUUACAGAGGCUUAUUCUUUCUUUCCACAGUUAGGAUAGUUAAAAGCAUGUUUGCAAGUUGUAGGGUGUCAACUAGAUUCUUUGGAUGAAUUCAGUUUUGUUUCUUUUCUUGAUGGUUGUUUGUGCUUCUUUGUUGUUACUUGGUUUUACUACAAGUUCUAAAGGGAAUCAAACUGAUGGUGAGAG